UUUGAUUUCUAGAUUAAUCAUGUUGCUUGUGGGAAAGAGAUCAAUCAUUACACUAACAAAUUGUAGCAAACCAUUAUCUGCAAUCUUACACCAACGAUUACAUUUCUCUUCCAAGAAAUCUACUUCAUCAUUCACUGUUUCAUACCUCAUUUCCUCAUGUGGGUUUUCUCCAGAAGCUGCUCUACGUGCUUCAAAAACUAUUCAAUUCAAAUCAGCAGAGCAACCUGAUUCCGUUAUCACCCUCCUCAAAAGCCACGGAUUUAGCGAUACCCAGAUCUCCAAACUCACCAAUGCAUACCCUAGGCUGCUUCUAUCUAAUCCUUCAAAUACAAUUUCACCCAAACUCGAAUUCUUCACCUCAUUAGGGAUUCCAACUGAUGUACUUACCAAAUCCUUCAGUUCAACUCCAUUGCUAUUCCGUGCCAGUCUUGACAAUCGUAUCCGUCCAGCUUAUAACUUCCUUAAAGACAUCCUUCUCUUAGAUGAUGAGAAAGUGAAACAGCUGUUUGCAACAUCACCAUGGAUGUUUAGGGAAGAUCCAGUCAGGUGUUUGUUUCCCAAGAUUGCUUUUUUGAGAAAAACAGGUGUUCCUUUAUCAAAAUUAUCCUACUUGUUUACUGAUAGCUGCAGGCAAUCAUCUCUUCUCCAAAGCCAUGGCCAAUACGAGAAAGCUGUGAAGAAGGUAGUUGAAUUGGGGUUUAGUCCUUCCAUGUUUUUAUUAGUUCCAGCUAUACACGCUGUGUCUGGACUUAGUGACUCGGCCUGGAAUGACAAGAUAAAAGCCUUCAAGAAGUAUGGUUGGUCUGAAGAUAACAUUAGGCUGGCUUUCCUUAAACAACCUCAGAUUCUAAGUAUGUCAGAGCAGAAAAUAAGUAGCACGAUGGAUUUCUUUGUGUCUGGAUUGGGUAUGAAGCCCCGUGCUAUUGCGAAAACACCUUGGAUUCUGAUAUAUAGUCUGGAGAAUAGAAUAAUCCCGAGAUGCACGAUUUUUAGUCUCUUGAAAUCGAAAGGGUUACUACUGAUACAUAAGGUUAACAUUUCCACUCUGCUAGUCAUCAGUGAUAAUGAUUUUCUAGUAAGAUAUGUCAGAAAGUAUGAAAAUAUUCUUCCUCAGUUAUUUGACAUAUUUCAAGGAAGAUCUGAUGAUGAGUUUUCAUUUGCAUCAUAUGCUAAUAUCCGAUAUUGCACUGCAUGA